AACAUUUUGUAUUAUCGAUAACAUUUCUGGACUUACAAUGAGCUAAAUUACGUAGAUACAUAUUUCGUAGUAGCUGUCAAUCUUUGCUGCCUCGCAGGCCUGGCCAGGCAACGGAAGUGGGGCAAAGUUUGCCAAAUUUGUGUUGAAACAUUUGAAAAAUGUUCUGCACGGAGAGUUGCGAGCACUGCAUCCAUGCGACUUCAUCUGGUCGUAUUUUUAGCCCAAAGAAGUCGCAAGUUGUGCAGCACAAACUAUCCCAAAUCAGGCAGCAGCAACCAUCGCAAAUGAGGCAGCAGCAGCAGCAGCAACAGCCACAACAGCAACCACAUCAACAACAACAACAACAACAACAGCAGCAACAGCAGCAAGAACAACAGCAACAACUUUUCCAACAGCAAAUCAGCUACAACUUGGGCUAUGCUCCGAUGCCAGCGACGGAGUUCGACAAUGGUUGCGAGGCAGAUUCACCCCAGCUGGGAGUUUGCAUUGUGACCGAGGGUCCGGAGGGCUUUAGCUUCGACUGCAGUGUGCCGAUUCCCAAUAGUUUCAAUUAUGAUGCCUUUAAGAAUGCGGUUCAAUUUAUCACGUCGCCUGGCACCAACAACAACAUUCGCUUAUCCCAGCCGCAGAAUGAGUACAUGCCGGGCGCCAUGUCCCCACAGCAGUAUUCAGCGCCAAGGCCAACGCCGAAACAAAGUUCUCAGAAUGAUUACAUGUCACAGCACUAUCCAACGGCUAGGCCACCGCUUAGGUCAGCGCUGAAACAAACUAGCCCAUGUCCGGAUGCCGCCUAUAAUUCAGCGCCAACCACCGCGGCAAGGUCAGCCAAAGGUUCCAAAAUGGAUCGUGCUCAGAAGAGGUCAUCGCAGCAGCAAUGUGAGGUGCUGGCACCUUAUAACUACCCCACAACAGCCACGUCAGCGACAGCAAAGCCCCUGCAGAUAACUGCUGGUUAUGGCUCGGUAGCUCCGAUACCUCCGAUACCUUCACCAUAUCCAAAUCAGCAGCCGUGCGAAUCCUACUGUCCGUUCCAGAGCACGGGGCUCAUGCCGAUGCAGUGGCAACAGCAACAGCAACAGCAGCAGCAACUGCCGCAACAGCAGCAACUGCCGCAACAGCAGCAACUGCCGCAGCAGCAGCCACAUAUAAUUCCUGAUAUGCAAGUCCAGACCUUGAUGCGCUUUGACUUGCCAUGCCGGCUUGUCGAGCUGCAGCCUGAUAAUGCAAACCCAGAUCCAAUGCAGCCCACGUUUGUUCUUCAGCUCUUGGCGCCUAUGCAAGCAUCGGGCUUUUCCGAAGUCUUGCCCAUGCCCAUGCACGGCACCCCCGAGCAAAAUAGAACUGCACCAUCAAUACCAAAAAAUGCAUUUGGUACUUCAGAAUUUUCCUCUCCAAGAGCCUCACAAAAUCCGCCAUAUCCACCAUAUCCACCAUAUCCUCCAUAUCCAAUGACAGCAGCUCUGCCCAAAUACUCACCAUAUAAGAAAGGGCCUGCCAACGGCAAUGGAGCUGGGCAGACGGAAAACUCUUUUUCGCAUAGGCUAUCGGACUAUGGAAAUGGAUCGGGAAAUGUGAAUGGGAAUAGAACUGGAAAUGGGAGUGCGCAUGGAAGUGGAAAUGGUUGUGGUAAUGGAAAUGGAAAUGGUAAUGAAAAUGGACAUGGAAAUGGAAAUGGUAAUGAAAAUGGACAUGGAAAUGGAAAUGGAAAUGGAAAUGGAAAUGGGCAUACGAAGCAUGGACAGAGCAGUAACUGGCUCUGUCCUCGCUGCUCUCAUUGGUGCUGCCAUCCAGGAGCUCGACAGGGCGACGGCAAUAAUCACAGAUUCUAGAGAAAGUGCUUAAGAUAUUGAAGAAAUUAGGGCACCAAAAUGGGAACAACAAAAACAUCGCAAUUUAAAUAAAAAUGUAUUUAAUGCGAAACCAUA